AAUAAAACACCAACCUUCUGGCCAGGUAGAUCAUAAAACACCAACCUUCUGGCCGGGUAAAUACUGUUAUGUUAAUAACAAAUUUUAACAGUUCUACCAAGACAUUAACUCUAUCGUAACAAUCUGCUUUAAUGGAUGUGUAUAUUAAAGUGUUGUUCGUUGUUUGUGGACGGCCUGACAUUGUAAACAAGGUGAGUGAUUAUACGUGACUACAAAUGUACUGUGGUUCCUUUACAUACACAUAUUCUACAACAUAAUUACCCUAACGGGUAAUAACCACACCGCCAACCACUGGAUUUAGUGAAACAAAGAGUAUUAGUAGACACUAAGGAUUUUGAGAAUACUUUUUAUUCCUGAUGUAGAGACAAACUUUUUAAAACAGCUAUACAACAAACUGCUUCACUGUGAGAUCAACUUUCUAAAGUCAAUAAUCCUGAACUCUGAAUUUUGUUUUAUAAAAAUGGCUACAUCCCUAUACAAAUUUAAAGGUCAGAUUCCUUUCCGUACCAAAGGUCAGACUACCUGUUUACACCACAAAGGGGGACAACUGGACCUUUAUUGUAAAAAGUGUCAAGAACUUGCUUGUAUAAAAUGUCUAUCAACUGUACACAAUAGUCAUCCUUUGUGUGGACUUAGUGAAAUUGCCUCUGAAAAGAAACGAGACAUUCACAACUUCGUUGACAAAACUGAGAAAGUUGACCUGGUACAAAUUGACCAGUACAUCACUGCUACUGAUAAACAACUAAAGGACAAGUCUAGCAACUUUGAAAAAAAUUCACACCAGUUAAAGACACAAACAAACAAAUUAAAAGAAGAUUUGGACCUGCUAACAGCUCAGACUCUGUCUUUCUAUCAGCAAAUGGAGGCGGAGAACACCAAGCUACUUGAAACCUACAAACAGGACCUGGAAAUGUACAGUACUCAGCUAAAACAACAAGUACAAGAAUGUAAGAUGGCACUUCAGCGCGGCUCUGACAUACAAAUCUACGACACAGGAUGUGAGAUUCAAUCUUCAUUUACUCUCCCUGUAAAACCUUCCCUGAGUACUGCUAGCUUCACUCCAAACCUUAAUCCCCAGAGUCACCUUGACCAAGCUUUUGGAGAAGUCAACACCUCAUGUGAAGGUCAGGGUCAAGCUUCACGAGGUCAUGAUCGGUCAAUUGGAUCAUCUGCUGGACAGGGACAAUCCCCUUUCGAACAGUGGUCAGAACCAAAAGGAAGGACACCCUAUAUAAUUGGCGUACGUCGUUCUCUGCCAAGAACAUCUGCUGGACCAUCACCUUCACAACAGUGGUCAGAAAGAAAAGAAAGGACAUCCUCAACACAACAGAGAUCAAAAGGGAGAAAGGAAGUGUCCAGUCCAGUAUAUACCUUGCUGUCUCAGACCAAGGUGUUGGGGGAGUGGGAGUCUCCAUGUCUUCUAUAUUCUGUAUGUCCAACCACUAAUGGUCAGGUGUGGACCAGUUACCAUAACAGUGACACCUUAACUCUGCUGGACAGGAAGUGCAAUGUAACACAGGAGGUUAAACACAAUAAUAGGAUCACAGACAUAAGUCUGUCACCUACAACCAACACACUGUGGGUCUGUGACGAGAAAAACAAAAUCACAGAGCUCGUGUCAGGACGACUAGUUCACAGAUUUAGCACCAGGGAGGAACCACGAUGUAUCUGUAUUACAGCUAGUAACCAUGUCAUAGUGGGGAUGAUGAACAACAUCUCAAAAUUUUCAACAAAAGGUAAAUCGGUACAUAAUACAUCAGUUGGAGGACCACACAGAAUCUCAGAGUGUCCUUUCACUCAAAAUGUCGCAGUGGCUGCCUGGUAUAGUGAGGGUGAUGCUAAAGGGAAACCACAUGUUGUUGUCAUGGACACAGAUUUCAAGGAACUAUUUGUAUAUGAUGGUGAAGUCCCACAUACAUAUCAAUCAACAUCACAGUCAGGAUGUGCACCAUUUAAGCCCCAGGGUGUGUUGUAUGACAGUGUGGGUAACCUAGUCAUAGCGGACCGUAACAACAACCGUAUCCUACUCAUCAGUGGGCGUGGCGAGUUCCUCAGGAUCAUACACACAGAUGACUACUGUACAGAGGCUGUUGGUGUAGACAGGGAGGAUGUCCUGUGGGCAGUGUUUGGGGGUUACGUAAUCAAACUACUACGGUACAGCAGUGUGUGACACAAACUACAAUGUGUAUAUAUAGUAACCAUGACAACUAACACUGACAGGAUUAUGGAAGUUGUCAGGAUCACUUAAUAAACUUUAACAACAGAUAUAAACUACGGACCUGGGAAGUGUAUCAACACAACAGACAAUAAAAACAACAUAUCAUAAUGAUAAAAAAUAACUAAGAAACAUCACCAUAACCAAAAAUAGUUAUGUUUGACAAUAGUGUUUAAUUUAUUAGGGAAAAAAACAAAUUCAGUCUGAAGUGUUUGACUUCGUAUUUUUUCUUUUUCUUGGUCAAUAUUCUUUACUGUAAAAGCGUAUAUUUUUGGGGUGCGAAAAUGCUCCUGUUAUACUGUUUGUCGUGUGAUACAUUUUGCAUUUGCAAUAUAUUUGAAAUCUAUAUAUUUUAUGUAUUUAUAAUCUUAAUAAUCUAUUCAGUAUAUAUGUAUUUUACAUGUUGAUAGGUAACUUUACUGAUCAGCUAUUCUGUUUGUUUGGUCUAUUUACUCAUAUAACAGUAUAGUAAAGGACCCAGAUUGUUAUCAUUCAAUUAACAAUAGAUUAUCGUCUUUGUGAAAUAAUUAUUCUAGUAUCCCAAUUUACAGCCCAUAGUGAAAAUUAUAUUGAAAAUCGUUUAUGUUCAAAAAGUUCAUCCCGGCAACUUUUAUAUCCUUACUCAAGGUAUCAGGUUUCAUUAAACAUUGUCAUUUGACAAUUGUAAAAUACUUUGUGUGACCUGAAAUGUGGAUAAAAACAAUUGAUUAGAAUAUAGAAGGUACCUUUUCUUCGGCCGGGGCUCUGGGGGACGCCUUAGCCCCAAGUAGUUCCUGGUCUGCGAUGGUUGUUAAGCAAUUUAAAGGGAUCCACAAUGUGAUUCUCAAAUAUACUUAUAACACAGACGUAAUUAUAACUAACACUUAUGAUUUAUUUUACACAUUAUCAUUAUCAUCAUUCUUUUACACACAUUCUGGCGAAUUCAGCAUAGUUCAACAUAAGACUCACUAUAUGCCCUUUGUAGCAAAUAACUUAAGUUUGAAAAAUAAUAUAAUAUCAAAGAUAAUAAAAUACUUUUUCAAAAGUCAUAUUUGUAGAUCUUUAUUUUCCUCUAUUUUUUAUGAUUAAAAAAUAGAUUUAUUAUCUUAAGGAUCCCUGCCCCAAUGCGCUGUGUUUUCUAUAAGCAGUAACUUCCCCUAAACUUCGUUUCGGAUAUGAAGUAAAUUGUCAAAGAAUGACUACUUUAUAUAGACAUUCAUUGAGAAGAAGUUUCUUACAUCAUUUUUGUAGUUUCACUCAUCUCUCCUUGAGUGGGUACAAAUGGUUUCACCGUUAAUUCUGAAAAGGAUCUGACUUUUGCACAGAGGUAAGGCCGUGUUAAUGUAGUGUAAAACCAUUCAGGACUAUCGGUUUUAUAUGGUGGGUUCUUCAGUGACGAAACACGCUGAUUUACAGCUUUGUAUUGUGUCCAAAGCUACAACAUUUCGUUUCCACAUGUAGUUAGGAGAUCCGGAGAUUUCACUGAAUUCUGUAAUUAGUCCCUUAAAGCACUGAAAAUGAAAUAAAAACAAAAAUAUAAUAUCUUGAGAUACUUGUUAUUUAGAAGGGUUAUCAACGGUAAGCCGGUUAGCCGGUUUCUCGGUCGGAAGGCAGAAUAGUUGGACAUUUAUUUAAUCCUUUCGUAUGCCCCAUGUUACCCUGACGUACACCAACAAAUUAUCUGUAGAUGCGACAAAAAUCGGACAGUUUUGUUAUAAAAGCAGUGUUCAUGCUGACCUGUAAGUAUUGUUUUUGUACUCUAUUGUUAAAAUUGGCAAAGAGAGGCCGCUAACACCAUAAACAAUCUCAAUCAAAAGUGUAAAUAUCAAGUUUCAGAGCUCGUUUUUACAUAUGAGAUGUAAAUAUAAUCUGAAAAGUACACAUAUUACGGCACGGUUACUCGAUCGGAAGAUUGUUCAAGUAACCGGUUACCAGCACUUUACGGGACUAACAACGCUUUCAUUUAAUAUUUUAAAAUAAGUAAUAUCUGUUAUAUCGUCAUUAUUAUAUAUUAAACUGAUUUGUGAGUUACAGAGGCCAAAUCAGAAACAUGUUUCUUAGAUAUUGUUAUUA